AUGAUUGUUCUCGGGUGCAUGGAUCUUGACAUUGCACUUAGGGUCGCACGCCCCCCAUCUCUUACAGCAUCAAGUACUCUUGAUGAUAAAAGAGAGCUGGAAAAGUGGGAGCGUUCGAAUCGUGUAAGCUUAAUGAUCAUGAAACGUGCUAUUCCAGAAGCAUUUCGGGGCAAUUUGUCGGAAGACAAUGAUGCUAAAGCAUUCCUAGAUGCACUUGAGAAGCGUUUUGAGAAAAACGAGAAGGCUGAAACAAGUACGCUUUUAGCUAAGCUUGUUUCACUCAAGUAUAAUGGCAAAGGGAAUAUUAGGGAGUACAUUAUGGAAAUGUCUCAUCUUGCUUCAAGACUUAAGGACCUUAAGUUAGAGCUGUCUGAAGAACUGCUUGUCCAUUUAGUCUUGAUUUCUCUUCCUUCUCAGUUUGGGUAG